GGCGGGGAGGCGGCACGGGUGCUGUUUCUCCAGUCUCUUUCCCCUGUCUUUGUCUCACACUCUUUUGUUAGCCAUGCCUAGCCUGCUGGUUCUAGCAGGGAUCAUGGAGAAAAAUGGGGGCUACGGCGGGGAUCUAGCCGGCUCCGGGUACGGAAGCGAAGGUCUCCUAGUGCCACCCGACGAGGAAGAAGACGACUCCCGUGCCCUGAGGGUCGCGCUGGGCCAGCUGUCUCUACUGGGGCUUGGUGAAGGCGAGGACGGUGGUGGGGCUCCUGGAACGGGAGUACAGGAUCGGAGUAACAAUAACAAUAACCAUCACAACCAUACCAAUAAUAUUGGCGUAGGUAUUGGUGACACAGGGCUUUUGCAAGGGAAGAACAAGUUAUGUGUCCUGUACGAGGGUUCUUCAAGUGAGACGAAAGGACGAGGCUGCAACAUAACAGAAUGCGUCCCCGUGCCCAGCUCAGAACAUGUGGCCGAAAUAGUGGGGAGACAAGGUUGCAAGAUCAAAGCCUUGCGGGCCAAGACCAACACCUACAUCAAGACCCCCGUGAGGGGCGAGGAGCCUGUGUUUCUCAUCACGGGCCGAAAGGAGGAUGUGGCUCUGGCCCGGCGCGAGAUCAUCUCUGCCGCCGAGCACUUCUCCAUGCUCCGAGCUUCCCGCAACAAGCUGGGUGUGUCCUUCAGCGGUUCCCCGCCUGCGCCUCUGCCGGGCCAGACCACCAUCCAGGUGAGGGUGCCCUACCGCGUGGUGGGGCUGGUGGUGGGGCCCAAGGGUUCCACCAUCAAACGCAUCCAACAGCAAACCUGCACCUACAUCGUCACCCCUAGCCGAGACCGUGACCCCGUCUUCGAGAUCACGGGAUCACCUAGCAACGCCGAGAGGGCCCGUGAGGAGAUCGAGGCGCACAUUGCAUUCCGAACGGGAGGUCUGCAUGACCACAACAACGAGAAUGACUGCUUGGGGCCGGAUGGCGGCAGCCCAGUAGGCUCCGGGGGUCUGGAGAGCCGCCUGCAGCAGGUGUGGGGUCUGCAGGGGGGCCAGCGCAAGCCGUUGACCAGCAGCUUCCGCCAGAACUUCUCAGAUGCCAUGGUUGGAGGAGAAGGAGGUGGCGUAAUCUACAGCAAGGGCAACUUCAACAGCCCUGGAGAGAAGCCCUGUUCCUACUUUGGCUCAGAGGGCACCCAGAGUUGGGGAGACCCAGACUACCCAAAACAGGUGGCCUUCUAUGCCCAGCAGCGCUCCAAGAGCUUUGGAGGCCUGCCCCUGCCCCUGACCAGACUCUCUCCAGGCCUUCCUGACCCCUGUGGAGGGAACAACGGCAACUCCUCGGGCACCAGCAUCACUAUUCUGUCUGGCUCUCCUCAUGCCCAGGCCCGCCGUGCCCACAGCGAGCCAACCUCGGGCGCAGGGUUCCCUGGACGCCUCCCUGUACCGGACUCGCCACCAGCCAUCCUCCGGGACUGCAUGACCUGCUUCGAGAGCAAAGUGACGGCCGCCCUGGUGCCCUGCGGCCACAACCUCUUCUGCAUGGAGUGUGCCAUCCGCAUCUGUGAGCUCAACCAUCCAGAGUGCCCGGUGUGCCACACCCUGGUCUCUCAGGCUAUCCGAAUAUUCUCCUAAAAAACACCACGUCAGUUUUUAACAUUCGUUUUAUCACAGUGUUUGUUCUACAAUUAUUUACUAUUAUUAUUAUUAUUAUUAUUAUUAUACUUUUCUUUUCUCAGAAAAUGUUUUUAAAAAACAAGCAGAUAUUUUAGAAGGCACUGCUUGCUUUACUAAAAAGUAUAAGAAAUAUUUUGAAUUUUUUCUUUUAUAUAUAUACAUAUAUAUUUUAUAAAAGUUUUGUUUAUAAGAAAAGUAUAGUACCUAGCAUUUUUUCAGUUUUUUUUACUGCUGCUGUUUUUCAUUCACGAAUCACAGUAUGGGCGGAGUAGUAGGAACGUGAACAUUUUACGAUUCAGAUUUAUUUUACCAUGAAGUGGUUUUAUAUGGAGAAAAGGAAGGAGGUGAUCAUUGAGGUUCAGUUUAACUCCCUGGUAUCUUAUCUGUACCUGAAUGAUAUGGGAAGUCAAAAUCAAACAGAAGGAAAAAGAUUGAAUCUUUCAUUGCACCUUAUAAUCGUCUUAGUUUCGGAUAGUCAGAUUAAUGAUUGUCAAUCAUCCAGAAAAAUGACGUAGCUGAUGAAAAGGCAAAUCCCUCAAUGUGGCUCGAAAAAAUGGAACAAGCUUUGAUAUUGUCAUUGAAAGUCUAAAUUUGUUCCAAUCGAAGGACAGACUAUUCCAUCAUUGUCAUCUUUCUGACAUUUGUGUCCCUUUACAAGCUCGUUGUUAUACCUGGUAGUCCUCCCUAAACACCUGUUAGAAUGGUAACAAUAUGGGACAGAAUAGCAGACAAACGCCUUUCUUUAUGCAGAUAUGUCUUACAGAUUUCCUUUUUCACAAAGAGGUGAAUGAAUGAAUGCUACACAUUGUAUUGCUGAAAUAUCACUGCAGUUUGGUGAAAAGUUUCAGCGAUGCCUGUUCCUCGUGGCACUUGAAAAGCAUGUUUCUUUCACCGGUGUUAAGCACUGAUUUAAUUUGUGAGGUCAAAAGCCUUGGAAUUCGUCCAGUUGGCUAAUUUGGGAGAUCCGUCUCCCCGACGGACUAGUUUCAAAGCCAACUUAUACCCACUUUAUUGUCUUAUGUGGUAAUUUAGCUGUUAUCUGAAUGAUGUAGGACAAAAACGAGAGCCACUUUUGACAGGCAUCUCUCUGAGGUUUGCGCAGUUAGAGCGUCAGCCAUUAGAGUGGACAGAAGCUGAGGAAAACACUGAGCUGUUCUCUGAAUUGGUAAUAGAGUGUGCCUAAAUGGGCAAAAAGCUCCUAGAAUACAGUACCACCAUCCACAGAGCUCCCUCGCCACCCCCGUCCAGCAGCUUUGUAUUUUAGCUCAGAGGCCUCUAAUUAUCAGAGCUGUGCAGAAGCAGGUGUUUUAAUAGCCCCCUCUUUUUCUAUUUUCUUUGGGAGUGGCUUCCCCCCCCGCUUACUGUUCGAUCGUUGGCUGUUGAAGGUAGUAAUGACUGCAGCUGACCCAGAAUGCAUUGCCUCCCUGAGUGGGGCAUAUUGUCUGGGCCCAGCGGUGGCGUGGGCCCGGAGUGCUCGGACACGGCCCGGAGAGACUCAUUGAUAAUUAGGCAAAUUGGCCGAUCCAGGUGCGGACCAUGUGGCGACCCUGGUGCUGAAUGGGGGGGUGAGACAGAGUCCCGGCGUGGGCUGCUGACCGCCCCACCCCUCUGUCACAGGCACAGAAGGUCCAGUCUGGGUGCAGCUGGGCAAAUGGGACCCCUCCUUCCAUAUCCCCCUCCCUCUUUCCUUCUCUGCUGCUCUGAGCUAUCCCUACUGGGGAGAGGGGCCUCCUUUGUCCCAACACUCAGGAAAAAAGCAGCAUAUGAAAGAAAGAGACCAACUGAACAGGCUGCCAGCUCUGAAAUGAGAGUGAGGGGACUUUGGAGAAAGAAAGGAUAUCUACAGUGUCAGUAGAUUCAGUAAUUACCUUGUGUACAAUUCUGACACACAGAUCCAAUUCUUUGAAAUGCCCCACUGAACUAGAUGUCUCCAUGUGUUCUCAAUAAGAUAAGGGUAUGAACACAUGCAGACAUAUAUCAUUUAAGAGUGCGAGGAGUCUGAUCACUUGGAGUUCAUCGCCCCCCCAAUUUGGAUGGAGGCCUUUGUGACAGAGAGUGAGUGCAGAUCGAAGUUUCCAUAGAGAGCCCCCCCCCUUUAUCUCCUGUCUGUAUGGGACAUCCUGCAGCUGCCCACUCACCACAGACACACAGGCUUAGCCAAUGGCAGGCUAGCACUGGGCCUUCAGAAUGAAAUCAGACGAUUGUAAUUGACAGGAAAGCGGAGGAAACGCCCCAUUUAGCCACCACUCAUGCUGAAUCAAAUUACACACCCUUUGCCUCUGCCUUAGCCCCAGCCUGGGGAUUUCAGAGGGAGGGAGGGGGGAUUAGAGCCGUUGGAGGAUAAGAGGGGGGCUUUUUGGGGUGGAGAGAGAGAGAAGGCUGCUCUCAAAGAAAAGAGAACCUGCAGAUCUAGUCUUUGUGAGAGGGGUAGUUAGAAGGCUGCUGCCUCAUGUUUGCUGGUGGUGGCAGGUGAACAAGGAUAUGCUGGUGAUUCAGCUGGUCUCCCACUAACACUGCAUCAGAUCGCUCUAUUAAGUUGUUUUUUCAGGAGAACUCUUUUGCUCAACUUUUGUCCAUCAAAAUAUAUUGAAUAGUUACAAUAGACUGUUGUCCCUAGUCUAGGCAGCAACAGAGCCCCCCUUUUCCCCAUUGUAUUGUCAGCAGACCACUCCUGUUGUCCAUGGACUGUGAAGAAAUAGAACUGUACUUUCAGAGUAUCUAAAUUCUAUUACAUAUUUAGAAAUUAAUUGACUAUUUAUUAAUGGGGAGAACUGCACAGUGGUUUGGUCUGAACUGUCAAUGACAAUUUCAAGGCAGUAUAACGCUGAUAACUGAAUAUAGUAUUUUCUAUUCUUUUUUAUUUUGUUUUAAGCCUGAAUAUUUUGUAUUAAAAGAUAAAUGUUGCUUUCACUUUGGCAUGAAAGUUUAGUGACAUACAGUAGGCCUUCAAUAGUAUUGCCCCUUAAAAAAACAUUCACGUAACUAUUUGUCAGAAAAGAAUGUGAAUCAACCGGGUUGGGUGGGAUUAAAUGGAAUUGGGAAAUUAGGCUCUUAAACCCUUUACAUUAAAAUAUAGAGUAAAGCACGUUAUUAUAAGAAAACACAUAUAAUUAAUACCAAACCGACCACUGAUGGUGAAUAUUUCUUCAUAGAUUUUUGAAAGACAUGCACAUAAGGUUUCCCUAUCAUGUUUUUAUAAUAUAAUUAUUGUUAUUCCUUGUAGUCGUGGUAUUAUGGGAGACCUCUCAUCCAUUCAGUCAGUACUGAUGACUUGGUUGAGUUUGCACUGGUUUAAUGUAGAGGGCUUUUUAGAGAGUCUCACUGUUUUAGAGGCUGUGGGAGAAAUUUGCAUUGUGCUUUAUGAGAAAGGAUUCUGCGCAUCUGUGUAUAUAUAUAUAUAUAUAUAUAUAUAUAUAUAUAUAUAUAUAUAUAUAUAUAUAUCAGUAAUUUACAUCCAGUCAAAUCCAGCCUGCUAUAUAAGUGGGAUUUUGAUUAUUUUUACAAGGUGAAAAUAUCAUUUUGAAUUUGUUUGUUUAUGGACUUU